AUGAGCCAAGAACAGCAGCCACGUAAACCACAACAAGACCAAACACCAUCUCCGAUCAAGUACAGCGAUGUCUUCAACGUCUCCGGCAGCCUCUCCGACCAAACCAUAACCCCUCAAGACGCCGCCAUGAUGCAAUCCGCCGAAACCCUAACCACCGGCCAAACCCUCCCCGCCAGCGCCGCCUCCACCAUGCAGUCCGCCGCCACCCGUAACAAACGCGCCGGCCACGUCACCCGUGACGACAUCAGCCCCGCUGCCGCUCACCAUGGUGUGUCCGUCACCCAAUCCGACCUCCCCUCCGGCCGCCACGUCAUCACCGAGACUGUCGCCGGCCAGGUCGUUGAACAACACUCCCGGCCUGAACCGGUGACGAUGACUUCGCCGGCUGGUGCACUGAAACAAGAUGCUGUAACUAUAGGGGAAGUGUUGGAAGCGACGGCGGCGAUGGCGGGGAGGAAGCCAGUGACUUUGAGUGAUGCGGCGGCGAUUCAGGCGGCGGAGGCGAUCAUCACCGGUGGCAGUGGUGUUCCGGCGCCCGGCGGCGUCGCUGCCGAAGCUCAGUCUGCCGUGGCUGCUAAUGAGCUUGUUACUCAUGAUGAGUACAAGACCAAGUUAUCUGAUGUUUUAUCGGAUGCGACAAUGAAGUUGCCCGGAGAUAAGCCGGUGACUAAAGAGGAUGCGGAGAGAGUGAUAGCGGCGGAGUUGAGGAAUAAUGAAGAAGGGAUGACGGCGAUGGGAGGAGUGGCGGCGUCGGUGUCGGCGGCGGCCAGGAUUAAUCAGGAGAGGAAGGACGUGUAG